CCUCGGCUCCACUCCGAGGAGGAACCCGGUGCCCCUGGCCGACCGCUUCCAGUUGCUUUGCCCCCAAGAUGGAGGUCUGCAGAUGGCACUGCUAGCGUUCACCCGUCGCCGCGACCGCCCGUGUGUCUUCAAUGACGCUUUCGUCGGGACAAAAGUGAUUUGGGGCCAUCUUUUUCUCGAUUUUCUGGGGGAUUUACUCGGGAGGUACUGAGCUCCGGACGCGGGGUCGAGGCAGCCAUGAGCUCCGGGGAAGGAGCGGAGGAGACGACGAAGGACACCGGCGACAUAACGCCGUAUGUGAAGAGCGAUGGAUCCCUCCCUAAAGAACCCAAAGGAGAUGUAUCCAGUCAGAUUGCAGGUUUCAGGAGAAAUGAGGAGAUGAGGGCCAUGGAGGUGCUUCCCAUCCUCAAAGAAAAAGUUGCCUUUUUGUCAGGUGGCAGAGACAGACGCGGUGGUCCAGUGUUAACGUUUCCAUCACGCAGCAACCAUGACAGAAUACGAACGGACGACCUGAGGAGACUGAUCGCCUACCUCGCCGGCAUCCCCAGCGAGGAGGUGUGUAAACAUGGCUUCACGGUCAUCGUUGAUAUGCGUGGCUCCAAGUGGGACAGCAUCAAGCCUCUGCUGAAGAUCCUGCAGGAGUCGUUUCCGUCCUGCAUCCACGUCGCCCUCAUCAUCAAACCAGACAACUUCUGGCAGAAGCAGAGGACCAAUUUCGGCAGCUCCAAGUUUGAAUUUGAGACCACCAUGGUGUCACUAGAGGGCCUCACAAAAGUCGUGGACCCCUCCCAGCUGACGGCGGACUUCGAUGGCAGUCUGGACUACAACCACGAAGAGUGGAUAGAGGUGCGUGUGGCGUUUGAGGAGUUCUCGGGUCACGCCACACAGAUGCUGGCCCGACUAGAGGAGAUGCAGGAAACUGUGUCAAGGAAAGAUUUCCCCGUAGACCUGGAUGGAGCCAGAAGGAUGAUAGAAGAGCACGCCACACUGAAGAAGAAAGUCAUAAAAGCACCGAUAGAAGAGCUGGACACUGAGGGUCAGAGGUUACUGCAGCGCAUCCAGAGCAGCGAGUCUUUCUCCAACCGCAACGGGAGCAGCGGUGGCAGCAGCGGCAGCAGCAGUGGGAGCAGCGGGGUCUGCAACGCCGACACCCAGGGCCUGGUGCCGCGGAUCACCCAGCUGCUGGACAAGCUGCACUCCACCCGGCAGCACCUCCACCAGGCCUGGCACGUCCGCAAGCUGCAGCUGGACCAGUGCUUUCAGCUCCGCCUGUUUGAACAGGACGCAGAGAAGAUGUUUGACUGGAUCAUGCACAACAAGGGUUUGUUCCUGGCAGGCUACACCGAGAUUGGCAACAACCACCCCCACGCCGUUGAGCUCCAAACCCAGCACAACCACUUUGCUAUGAACUGCAUGAACGUUUACGUUAAUAUCAACCGCAUCAUGUCAGUCGGUAACCGGCUGCUGGAGUCAGGUCACUACGCCUCGCAGCAGAUUAAGCAGAUCUCAGGUCAGCUGGAGCAGGAGUGGAAGGCGUUCGCUGCCGCACUUGAUGAACGCAGCACGCUGCUGGAGAUGUCUGCGACCUUCCACCAGAAAUGUGACCAGUACAUGAGUAACGUGGACUCGUGGUGCAAGGCGUGCGGCGAGGUGGAUUUGCCCUCCGAGCUGCAAGACCUCGAAGACGCCAUUCACCAUCACCAAGGCCUGUAUGAACACAUCACUGCUGCCUAUUCUGAGGUGAGCCAAGAUGGCAAAGCGCUGUUGGACAAACUGCAGCGACCUUUGACCCCAGGCAGUGCUGAUUCUCUGACUGCCUCGGCAAACUACUCAAAAGCGGUGCACCACGUCUUGGACAUCAUCCACGAGGUUCUUCACCACCAGAGACAGCUGGAAAACAUCUGGCAGCACCGCAAAGUGCGGCUGCACCAACGUCUGCAGCUCUGCGUCUUUCAACAGGACGUCCAGCAGGUGCUGGACUGGAUAGAAAACCACGGCGAGGCCUUUCUCAGCAAACACACAGGUGUGGGAAAAUCCCUGCACCGAGCACGAGCUUUACAGAAACGACAUGAAGACUUCGAGGAAGUGGCACAGAACACGUACACAAAUGCCGACAAGCUACUGGAGGCGGCCGAGCAGCUGGCCCAGACGGGAGAGUGCGACCCAGAGGAGAUAUACCAGGCCGCCCACCAGCUAGAAGACAGAAUCCAAGACUUUGUUCGCCGCGUGGAGCAGCGCAAAGUCCUGCUGGACAUGUCUGUCGCCUUCCACACGCACGUCAAAGAGCUCUGGACAUGGCUGGAGGAGCUACAGAAGGAGCUGCUGGACGACGUCUACGCAGAGUCUGUGGAGGCCGUCCAAGAUCUGAUCAAACGCUUUGGCCAGCAGCAGAAGAGCACCCUGCAGUUUACCGUCAACGUCAUCAAGGAGGGAGAGGACCUGAUCCAGCAGCUCAGGGACUCUGCCAUCUCCAGCAACAAGACGCCCCACAACAGCUCCAUCAACCACAUUGAGAGCGUCCUGCAGCAGCUGGAUGAGGCGCAGGCGCAGAUGGAGGAACUCUUCCAGGAGAGGAAGAUCAAACUGGAACUCUUCCUGCAGCUACGGAUCUUUGAAAGGGAUGCAAUUGAUAUCAUCUCAGACCUGGAGUCCUGGAACGAGGAGCUGACGGGUCAAGUUAAUGAUUUUGACAUCGAGGACCUGACGCUAGCCGAGCAGCGGCUGCAGCACCACGCCGACAAGGCUCUGACCAUGAACAACCUCACCUUCGACGUCAUCCACCAGGGGCAGGAGCUGCUGCAGUACGUCAAUGAAGUCCAGGCCUCUGGUGUGGAGCUGCUGUGUGACCGGGAUGUCGACAUGGCCACAAGGGUUCAGGACUUGCUGGAGUUCCUCCAUGAGAAACAGCAAGAGCUGGACUUGGCAGCUGAGCAGCACCGCAGGCACCUGGAGCAAUGUGUCCAGCUGAGACACCUGCAGGCUGAAGUCAAACAGGUUCUGGGUUGGAUCCGUAAUGGUGAGUCAAUGCUGAACGCUGGUUUGAUAACAGCCAGCUCCUUGCAGGAAGCGGAACAACUGCAGAGGGAACAUGAACAGUUCCAACACGCUAUUGAGAAAACUCACCAGAGUGCUCUGCAGGUUCAGCAGAAGGCAGAGGCUCUGCUCCAGGCCAACCACUACGACAUGGACCUGAUCAGAGACUGUGCAGAGAGUGUGGCCUCCCACUGGCAGCAGCUCAUGCUGAAGAUGGAGGACAGACUCAAGCUAGUCAACGCCUCCGUGGCCUUCUACAAGACCUCUGAACAGGUGUGCAGUGUGUUGGAGAGCCUGGAGCAGGAGUAUAAGCGAGAAGAGGACUGGUGCGGAGGAGCCGACAAACUGGGACCAAACUGUGAAACGGACCACGUCACCCCCAUGAUCAGUAAACACCUGGAGCAGAAGGAAGCUUUCCUCAAGGCGUGCACUCUGGCCAGAAGAAAUGCAGAUGUCUUCCUCAAGUACAUGCACAGGAACAGUGUCAACAUGCCCGGGAUGCUGAGCCAUGUCAAAGCACCAGAACAACAGGUUAAAAACAUCCUCAAUGAGCUGCUGCAGAGAGAGAAUCGUGUUCUCCACUUUUGGACCAUGAGGAAGCGCCGGCUGGACCAGUGUCAGCAGUAUGUGGUGUUUGAACGCAGCGCCAAACAGGCUCUGGAGUGGAUUCACGACACUGGGGAGUUUUACCUGUCCACACACACCUCCACUGGCUCAAGUAUCCACCACACACAGGAACUGCUGAAGGAGCAUGAGGACUUCCACAUCACAGCCAAGCAAACUAAGGAACGUGUGAAGCUGCUGAUCCAGCUGGCUGAUGGCUUCUGCGAGAAAGGCCACAGUCAUGCUGGAGAGAUUCAGAAAUGGGUGACGGCUGUGGACAAGCGCUACAGAGACUUCUCCCUGCGUAUGGACAAGUACCGCUGCAGCCUGGAGAAAGCCCUGGGCAUCUCGUCGGACUCUAACAAGGCGAGUAAGGAUCUCCAGUUGGACAUCAUCCCCGCCACGGCUCCAGGGUCAGAGGUCAAGCUGAGGGAUGCCGCUCAUGAGCUAAAUGAGGAGAAGCGCAAGUCGGCCCGCAGAAAGGAGUUCAUCAUGGCGGAGCUGAUUCAGACAGAAAAGGCCUACGUACGAGACCUGCGGGAGUGCAUGGAUACCUACUUGUGGGAGAUGACCAGUGGAGUUGAAGAAAUUCCUCCAGGAAUCAUCAACAAGGAACACAUCAUCUUUGGAAACAUGCAGGACCUCUAUGAAUUUCACCAUAACAUCUUUCUUAAAGAGCUGGAGAAAUAUGAGCAGCUUCCAGAGGAUGUUGGCCAUUGCUUUGUCACAUGGGCUGAUAAGUUCCAGAUGUAUGUCAACUACUGCAAGAACAAACCUGACUCCACCCAGCUCAUCCUGGAGCAUGCUGGGAACUAUUUUGAUGAAAUUCAACAGAGGCACCGACUGGCCAACUCCAUCUCUUCCUACCUGAUCAAGCCUGUGCAGAGAAUCACCAAGUAUCAACUCCUGCUGAAGGAGCUGCUGACGUGCUGUGAAGAAGGUAAAGGAGAGAUAAAGGAUGGGCUCGAGGUGAUGCUCAGUGUUCCUAAGAAAGCCAAUGAUGCCAUGCACCUCUCAAUGCUGGAAGGUUUCGAUGAAAACAUCGAGUCCCAGGGAGAGCUCAUUCUCCAGGAGUCCUUCCAGGUUUGGGAUCCGAAGACUCUGAUCCGUAAAGGUCGAGAGCGCCACCUCUUCCUCUUCGAAAUGUCUCUGGUCUUCAGCAAGGAGGUCAAAGACUCAAAUGGCCGCAGCAAAUACAUCUAUAAGAGCAAACUCUUUACGUCAGAGUUGGGGGUGACAGAGCACGUAGAAGGGGACCCCUGUAAAUUUGCUCUAUGGAUGGGACGCACCCCAACCUCAGACAACAAGAUUGUACUCAAGCUAAGCCAGGGAUCCAAACAUGGAGCCAUGGCGUCGAGCAUCGAGAACAAGCAGGACUGGAUCAAGCACAUCCGGGAGGUGAUCCAGGAGCGCACCAUUCACCUGAGAGGAGCCCUCAAAGAGCCCAUUCAUAUUCCUAAAGCAACAACAGCCAAGCACCACAAGGGCCGAAGGGAUGGAGAAGACCUGGACAGUCAGGGUGAGGGCAGCAGCCAACCGGACACCAUCUCUCUGGCCUCCCGCACCUCUCAGAACACACUGGACAGCGACAAGCUCUCUGGUGGCUGUGAGCUGACUGUGGUGAUACACGACUUCAUGGCCAGCAACAGCAACGAGCUGACUGUGCGCCGCGGCCAGACGGUGGAGGUUCUGGAGCGCUGUCACGACAAGCCGGAUUGGUGCCUGGUCAGGACGACAGACCGCUCCCCCGCCCAGGAGGGCCUGGUUCCCUGCGCUAUGCUCUGUAUCGCCCAUUCCAGGUCCUCCAUGGAGAUGGAGGGCAUCUACAACCACAAAGACACUCUGUCAGUGUGCAGCAAUGACUCCAUCAUGCCAGGGUCGUCCGCCACACUUCAGCCUGGUCACGGCAUUGGCUCUCACAUCUCACCAGGGCCCAAACGACCAGGUAACACCCUGCGGAAGUGGCUCACCAGCCCGGUGCGCCGGCUAAGCAGCGGCAAGGCAGAUGGCCACGUGAAGAAGCUGGCUCACAAGCACAAGAAGAGCCGCGAGGUGAGGAAGAGCGGGGAGAUGACAAUGGGCUCGCAGAAAGACUCUGACGACAGCGCCGCCACACCACAGGAUGAGACUGUGGAGGAGAGGGUUCGUAACGAGGGCCUGUCGAGCGGCACGCUGUCCAAGUCCAGUUCUUCGGGCAUGCAGAGCUGCGGCGAGGAGGAGGGCGAGGAAGGUGCUGACUCGGUGCCACUGCCUCCACCCAUGGCCAUCCAACAGCACAGCCUGCUGCAGCCGGACUCACAGGACGACAAGACCUCCUCUCGUCUGUCGGUGCGACCGUCCAGUUCGGAGACGCCCAGUGCCGCCGAGUUGGUGAGCGCCAUCGAAGAGUUGGUCAAAAGCAAGAUGGCUCUGGAGGACAGACCCAGCUCUCUCUCAGUGGAACAGGGCGACAGCAGCUCGCCCUCCUUCAACCCCUCUGACAACUCCCUCCUUUCAUCCUCCUCCCCCAUGGAAGAGGUGGAUGAACGCAGGAACAGCAUCCUCAAGAAAAGACAUGACAUUCUGUUGGAGUUGAUGGAGACGGAGAGAGAUUAUGUCAGGGACCUUGGUCUGGUGGUGGAAGGCUACAUGAGUCGGAUGAAGGAGGAGGGCAUCCCUGAUGAUAUGAAAGGGAGAGACAAAAUAGUGUUUGGCAACAUCCACCAGAUCUACGACUGGCACAAAGACUUCUUCCUCGGGGAGUUGGAGAAAUGUUUGGAGGACCCUGACAGACUGGGACCACUCUUUCUCAAGCAGGAACGGAGACUCAACAUGUACGUGGUGUACUGUCAGAACAAGCCCAAGUCAGAGCACAUCGUCUCAGAGUACAUUGACACCUAUUUUGAGGACCUGAAGCAGCGGCUGGGACAGAGGCUGCAGAUCACAGACCUGCUCAUCAGGCCAGUCUCGAGGAUCAUGAAGUACCAGCUGCUGCUCAAGGCUUUUCUGAAACACUCUAAAAAGGCUGGACUGGAGUCUACGGAGCUUGAGAAAGCCGUGGAGGUCAUGUGCAUUGUGCCAAAGAAGUGUAAUGACAUGAUGAAUGUUGGCCGGCUUCAGGACUUCGAUGGGAAGAUCGUGGCACAGGGACGUCUUCUGCUGCAGGACACGUUCAUGGUCUCUGACCCAGAGGGCAGUCUGAUUGGCCGGAUGAAGGAGAGGAGAGUCUUCCUCUUUGAGCAGCUUGUCAUCUUCAGCGAGCCCCUCGACAAGAAGAAAGGUUUCUCCUUGCCUGGCUUUCUCUACAAGAACAGCAUAAAGGUCAGCUGUUUGGGUCUGGAGGACAAUGUGGAGAGCGACCCUUGUAAAUUCAUCCUCACGUGUCGGUCGACCAACGGCAUCGUAGAGUCCUUUGUGCUUCACUCCGCCCAUGCAGGAGUGCGUGAGGUCUGGACCCUUCAGAUCAGCCAGAUACUCGAGAGCCAACGCAACUUCCUCAAUGAGUAUCAGAGGAACCAUGUAGGGGCAAGUGGUGGCUCGUGUGUGCCCAGCAUGGGAGCUCCAGGUGGAUGUACAAGUGUUUCUAGUGCGCCUCCUGGAGUUGGAGGCUCCCAGGGUAGUUCCAGCCCUUCAGGACCCCAGGGUGGCUCUCGUCGGCCCUCCAGAAUCCCCCAGCCCUCCCGCCUGCCCCAACCCCUACGCCACCACCCCGGGGCCGACCCCGAUGGCCCCAACAAGAUGUCAGGUUCUUCCCCUCGUCCUGUCCCUCCUCCCCUUCUCCUUCCAGCGGGUAGCCAACAGGGCAAGCGCCCUAGCCAGACACCCGAUGAGCAAGCACAGACCCCCACUCCUGCCAGUGUUGUAGCCCCUAUUCCCCGUGCCACAGUUGGGCCACUGCCAUCAACACCCACUUCCAAACCACGGCCUGGAGCCGUGGCUCUUGUGACCUCCCCCCUGGCCACUCCCAGCUUUAGCAAAGACAUCCUCCCUCCUCCCCCACCCAGCCCCGGCCAGAAGUCCGGAUCUGGAUUCUGGAACUCUAUGCCAGGCUCUCCAGCCAGCCGGCCUGGCUCAUUCACCUUCCCUGGGGAGGCUGGAGAGAGUCCAGUCCGCCAGAAUUCAAACCAGACCCAGACUGGCUCUGGACCUGGUAGCCAAACACACAGGCACUCCACACACAGCAAGGAGGCAGACCGCAUGAGCACAUGCUCGUCUGCCAGCGAGCAGUCCAUCCAGUCCACCCAGAGUAACGGGAGUGAAAGUAGCAGCAGCAGUAGCGUAUCCACCAUGUUGGUGACCCAGGACUACAUGGCUGUGAAGGAGGAUGAGAUCAGCGUCAUUCAGGGCGAGGUCGUCCAGAUCUUGGCCAGCAACCAGCAGAACAUGUUUUUGGUGUUCAGGGCGGCCACCGAGCAGGGCCCCGCUGCCGAGGGCUGGAUCCCCGGAUUUGUGCUGGGACACACCUCGGCCAUCGUCCCUGAUUGUCCCGAGGGAUCCAUCAACAGGAAGUCUUCAUCCUGGCACACGUCCCUGCGCAUUCGUAAAAAAUCAGAGAAGAAGGAGGCAAAGAAAGAGACCAAGCUGGAAAACGGUUACAGGAAGUCCAGAGAUGGCCUGGCCAAUAAGGUUUCUGUAAAGCUUCUAAAUCCAAACUACAUCUAUGAUGUUCCCCCGGAGUUCCUCGUACCUCUGAGUGAUGUGACCUGCGACAACGGAGAGAGCGUCACCCUCAGGUGCAAGGUCUGUGGUCGACCCCGGGCCGCUGUCACCUGGAAGGGACCCAACCAGAGCAACCUCGCCAACAAUGGACACUUCAGCAUCACCUACAGUGAUACGGGUGAAGCUACACUGAGGAUAAUUGGUGUAGCCUCUGACGAUGAUGGCGUUUACACUUGUGUUGCCACAAACGAGCUGGGCAGUGUUGCAUCCUCCGCCAGCCUCAGAGUGUUGGCUGUGUCCACUGAUGGGAUCAGAGUGAGCUGGAAGGACAACUUCGAGGCUCACUACACUGAAGUGGUUGAACUGGGAAGGGGUCGUUUCUCCGUCGUCAAGCGUUGUGACCAUCAGGGAACCAAACGUACGGUGGCGGUGAAACAAGUGAACAAGAAGUUGAUGAGGAGGGAUCGGGUGACUCAGGAACUCAAUCUGCUCCAGAGGCUCCAGCACCCCCACAUAGUCAGUCUCAUAGACACGUAUGAAACCCCCAGCAGCUACGUCCUGGUCCUGGAGAUGUCUGACCAAGGUCGUCUGCUGGACUACAUCGUGAGCUGGGGGAAUCUGACGGAGGAGAAAGUAUCCUGCUACCUUCGGGACGUUUUAGAAGCUUUACACUACCUGCACAACUGCAGGAUAGCACACCUGGAUGUAAAACCUGAGAACUUGCUGGUGACUCACAGCUCCAACGGCCAGCCAACGGUCAAACUCACAGACUUCGGUGAUGCCGUCCAGCUCAACAGUGCCAACUAUAUCCACCCCCUGCUGGGCAGUCCUGAGUUUGCCUCCCCGGAGUUGGUCCUUGCAGAGCCAGUAUCGCUGACCUCUGACCUGUGGAGCCUGGGCGUCGUGACCUACGUGCUGCUGAGCGGUGCCUCCCCUUUCCUGGAUGAGAGUGCAGAGGAGACCUGCCUGAACAUCUGCCGGCUGGACUUCAGCUUCCCCAGGGAUUACUUCCAGGGCGUCAGCCAGGCGGCCCGGGACUUUGUGUGCCUGCUUCUGAGGACCGACCCCGGCAGGAGGUGUCCGGCCGGGCUCUGCCUACAGGAGCAAUGGCUGCAGGCUGGUCUGGCUGACGACCGAGCUAGAGCCGAGAGCUGCCUGGACACCUCCCGCCUCAUCUCCUUCAUAGACAGGAGGAAACAUCAGACUGACGCGCGGCCCAUCGGAGGCGUCAGGAGCUUCAUCCAGAGUCGCCUUCAGCCCCGAGUGUGAGGCCUGAGAAAGGAUUCACAAAUGUCAACCCACUCCCUCACGGCGCCUCACCAGUUUGACCACAGCAGGAGACACCAGACACACCUGCGCUUGUUGUCCAACGCUGAGACCGCAGAGGGGCUGCAGACUCCUGUGGGACUGAGCAUCUUGAUUGUCUCGAUGUAAAAGAAGGAGAAACCAUGAAUGCUGAUCUUAUCCUGUUUCACAGAAUGUUGAUUUACUCAAGUCCUGUUGUCCUCUUCUCAAUUAAUCUGAGACCUGUUGAGGUCUCCAGCCAAUCAGAGCCCUAGAGAACAGAGUUGUCACUUCCCACGUAAAUUAAUGUAUCCCCCUUGUCUACUGCUGCUUGCUGGAUUCAACUCAAAACUGAUUUUGUAGUAAAGUGAACAAAAAUCAAAAAAAAAAAAAAAUGAAAAACUUUAUGGAGGUAAUUUAUUUUCCUUUGCGAGAGUUAAAGCUGAUCAGUGGAGCCAGUUGAUCGAGCCUUGACCCCCCCACUGCACAGCUGCAGAGCUUUCAGGAGAAAGUGAUGCCCACAGAGCGAGUGAUAGCGCCGAGAGCAAACGGUCCUCCCUCGGGUCGAGAGAGAGCGACACGGACAUGGUGCGAUUUUGCUCUUUUACACUAAACUGUAACUCAAAGACAUUUUAGGAGCAGCCCUUUCUUAUAGAAACUAUGUAUAGAAAGGAAAAGUACCGUCUCUACGUUUCCAAAAAAAACAACAACAAAAAAAAUCAAUUGUAGAAAAUGCUCGUCAGUUGAAAGCUGCUGCGCUACUUGGACUCUGUAGACGGUGAGCGCGCUUGUUGACCUUACUGAGACGUUUAUACGUGCGAUCAGAGCUCUUCGAUUGGCUGCGCUUACAUUACGUACCUAAUCUAAGAUACCACGAUGACCAUGUUGCGAGUAACAAUGCUGCACUGUCCAAUCUGAGAAGAAACACCAGACAUCAUCGUUUGCUUUUCCCUAGAACAAACUUGUGUUGCGCGGAUGUGAGAUGUUUAAGCCUUACGUUGUAAAUAGACGUCUGCCUCCUUUCUACUCACAUUCACAGUGAGCGAGCGUCGGAGGUGGUCGUCGGGUAGAUGGGGAGUGAAUGUGGAGGCAGAGGAAGACAAAUUACUGUAAAUGCACUCAUUGUAUGUUAUGUUUGAUUAUCAUGUGCAAUGUUGCGGCUUUAACAUUUUAUGCAACUAUUUAUGAAGACAUCUGUUGUAUCUGUAAUAAAUCUAGAGAAAAGCAUGUACUUGGUACUGCAAGCACUGCUGGUAGUUUGUGGUUAUUUGGUCUCGGAGCGUGACGACUUCCAGGCAAAAGGUCACCAUCUAAACUCAUCACGGGCUAAUCAAAAUCCAUUCAACACGUUUGCUUCUGUACGCCUCUGUAGUAUUGGUACACCAAAGUUACUCUAGCAUUAUAGUUCUUAGCAAAACAUGUUUUAAUGUGAUUACGCGUCGCUUGAGUGAGGUCAUCGAUGAUCAUGUGAAACGAUUGUUUACAGGAGCAGGACAGACACGGAACGAAAGGAAACAUCGACUCUUGUGAUUCGGAGCAGGAGCUGAACGCAUCAUUUCCUAAAUGGUGUUUGUAACUUUAUGUACAGAUACUUGUUUCUAAAAUAUUUCUUCCAUCGUCUUCUGUUCUUAAUAUAAAAAACUAAGACUACAAACCGUGAUUAACUGAUGGAUUUUAGUGCGAUUAGUUUAAUACCAUGGUACAAUUUUUUUUUCCAGACUAUAAUUUAAUCCAGUGUGAGGAUGUGUCACAUUGAAAUGGAUUCUACCAGGAACACAAGUCACAGUCUUCUUCUACCUUCCUAUUUAUUUUUAAAGGCGUGCACAGACAAUUAGAAACAAAGAAACUUGGACUGGAUACCUCAGUUUAGAGUUUUUUUUUUUUUUUUUGUUAUUUCAUCGUUUGUUUUGUUUCAGUUUCAUGAAUUACAUGUUUGUUAUUUGUUUGUUUCUAGUUUCAUAAAUUACAUGUUUAUUUGUUUUUAUGUUUUUUAUCUUUGCAUGUAUAUUUCUUUGUACAGUUCAUACAAAUUCUCGUGUAAAUAUUCUCAUUUUGCCAUCAGUUAUUUGAAAAUUAAACAUAAUGAACACAUA